CUGUGGGAUGCAGAGACGCCACGCGAACACACGCACGCCCACGUGCGAUCGCACACCUGCACGAGACAGCAAAACUUGUCAGGUGUUUCCGCUGUUGAAGUCGCCGUUGGUGUCCAUCCUUCGUUCACACUUCACGUGGUCGCCACGACGUGGUGGCUAGCCGAAACCACUUCCGCUUCGCUGAGCUUCAAGACCACAGAGUUCUAUGAUCUGAGUUCAGGACGGUCCCCUGGCCGCACGGGAUGUGUCUUUGUUGAGGUGCCACCAUAUGGUAGGAGCCGGCGAGGACAAGGUGCGAGUAUCACCACAGACAGCCAACAGCUGAUGCACCAUCCGGGGGUUGCAGUAACACCGGGGGUGAGCACACAACUUCAGCAUCACUUGGCAGGAAGGUAGACUGAGAUUUCGACAGUCAUCCUUCACUUAACGAAGCAAGCACAGGUGUGGAGGUCUCACCUGCACAGGUGGGUUGCUGCCCCUGCUGACGAUGGUGGCGGACAGCGGCCAUGCGUACCGCUACGGAAACGUCUCGCACACCGCCCUCGUCCUCAGCCGCCCUCCGCCACUUGAUGUAUCCAUGGCAACAGGAGACGCCAGUUCAUACGAUUACCUCAGGAAAGAAGGGGCCAAAGCUGCCCCUAGCAGCACUCUAAGAUGGGGUGGGGCUGGCUUCCACUCAGCAUCAGUCGCACCUUUCGUCGUUGAAAGACUGAAACUGCUGCUGGUGCUUCUGAAAAGUUCUGUGCACCGCCUAGUGUACAUGGACAAGCACAAGUCCCUCAGUCUCGGGGCCCUUGUCCUGCAGACCUCACUGCUGGCACUGACCAUCCGUUACUCGCGUGUCCAGCACGUGGGCGGCUCGCGGUAUCUGUCUUCCACCGCCGUCGUCAUGUCAGAGGCCAUCAAGCUGCUGGCUAGUCUCUACAUGUUCUUCGCAACUUCUAGAAGAAGGUCGUCGGUGUUGAUGUGGGAAGAGCUACUAGAUGCGAGAGAAGCUGUAAAGGUGGCAAUACCAUCAGGAAUCUAUACCUUCCAGAACAAUCUACAAUUUAUAGCAGUUUCUCACCUUGAUGCCACUACAUUUCAGGUGACAUACCAGCUCAAGAUCCUGACAACCGCCAUCUUUUCCAUCUUAUUCCUCAGGCGUCUGCUGGAUGCCACACACUGGCUGGCGCUGCUGCUGCUGACUGUGGGCGUCAUCUUAGUGCAGCUUCCCCGAGAUGAUGUGAACUGCAGGCUGGAAGAGGGCAUGAGAUGCGAUGUCAAGGACCUCGGUCACAGGGAGGGUAUGUCUGCGACGGUGGGGCUUGUGGCGGUCUUUGCCAUGUGUGUGAGCAGCGGCUUUGCUGGAGUUUACUUUGAGAAGAUACUCAAGACCUCAGUGCAGUCCUUGUGGGCCAAAAAUGUCCAGAUGGCAUUUUUCAGUGUUGUGCUUGGUGUUGCUGCCAUAUGGAUCUUUGAUUCUUCUACAGUCUCAGAAAACGGCCUUUUUCAAGGUUACAACAUCAUCACAGUUAUCAUCAUACUUCAGCAGGCUGCAGUAGGACUGAUUGUGUCAUUAGUGAUCAAGUACGCAGACAACAUCCUGAAAGGCUUUGCCUCAUCAGUCUCCAUCAUUUUGACGAUGAUUAUUUCUCAUCUCUUCCUGCAUGACCUUGUGAUUACCAGUUCUUUCUUGGUGGGAACAGCAACAGUAAUAUGCUCAGUGGUAUUAUACCAUGUGGACAGAAAACAUGCAAAGAGAAAAUUGGCUACAGUCAUAUGACGCCACCUAUCUAUCAGGUACGUAAAUUACUAUUUCACGUGGACAUCCUGAACCCACAUGCUCAGCUGCACCAGAUCCUUAGAACCAGAGGCGGUGGGAAUUGGUGUUUUAUGCCAAGCUGCCAACUAUGGCUUUAUCACAGCAAGGCAGCGAACCCUAUAAACAGAUGCCCCAUGAAGACAAAGAACAGCGUGCCAAGACAACUCUCUUCCUGGAACAUUGACUAGAAGUCCAGAAACACUUUUUCAGAUAGUAUUCUUUUGUGAUUUGGUGGCUGGUACCAAAAAAACUCAAAAAAGAUGAUUAUAACAUUUUUCACAUUAAAAUGGAUUGCGAGGGUUGCGAGUACUGAAUACAGGAAAAAGUAAGGAAAAAAUCAAAUUUCCUUGCAGAAUGUUGAUCAUGUGAGGCCGUUUAAAACAGCAGGCUUAGACCUGGUUACACUUACUCAAACACAUUUACUGUACAUAUCUGUCAAUAAAGGUAUGAUUGUUAUAUGUAUAGACUUACACAUGUGUAUCUGUGUUUUAGUGCCUUGAAAACUAUAAAAAAGGAGCUAUCAUUGCCAUCAGAAUUCAUAAACCUUUUGUUAAUAAUUCGUCAUUUUUGUGAUUUUAAUGUCCAUGGGUACUCUCUCUAUAUAAAUAUAAACUUGGAGAAAACAUGGUGAAAGUUUGUAGCUAUACCCCCUUCAUUAAUCAUGGAAAAGUGCUUAAUGUACUUCAUAAUGAACAAAUGCAUAAAAGAGUCCUUUUGUGACCUAUGGCAUAACCCUGGAAUAGUAAAAACAGAAAAGCAUUUGUCUUCUUCAAUUAACAGCUGCCUAAAAUGGACUGCUGAUACUUAAACAAAUUUCCAUCUAUGAUAAAAACACAGAUGGUGAUCUGUGCAGGCAAACAAUAUCCCAGAAGCCAAAUGUACAAGCUUUUUUUUCAUCAAUUAGUAAUGACAAAUAUUUAAAACACAUAAAAUGAUUAUGCUGCUGAUUAAACAUUGACUAUCAGUCUUCCACAUCAUUAUAAAGAAUAUUUAGGUUUACAACUUAUGUUCUGGUAUAUUAACAGUUCAGAACAUAACUCUAAAAACAUUUUACAAAUUAUACCUUUAACAAAACUGAGAGUGUCACUGCAUGCAAGUAGUCCAUCAGUUGCAUUGCUCUUCCACUGUUAAUUAGUUAAACUUCUGGAACUGAUGCAGUGUUGUCAAGAAUGUACAAUGGUUUGUUUAAAGUAAGUGUUGUUUUGUUUUGAGCAACAGAUGAAGAUAUAUCAAAUGCUAUCAUUUAAGUGCUAGAAACAGCAGAUUCUUGUUAAAUUACAGAUAUAAUGGUUUAUUUAAUUAAACUCUUAUGUCAGAUUUAUGUUUUGGUCAACUGGCUUUAACUGGGUCAAACUGAUUAAGUUUAGACUUCGGUGUUGAAGAUGCUUCGACAAUUCAUUGUAGGUGUUAAUAUAAGUGGCUGGAGAGACAUAGGGUCACAAGUCACAAGUCCAGAUUGUAUUUGAUUGGAACAUUUUGCUGUUGUGUUGGGAAUACUGAGAGAGUACUUGUUAGAGUAAUAAACAAUAAACACAGGUAUAAGGGAA